UCUACAAAAUAGCGGGAAAUCCCUCAGCCAACUCGGAGUUAACAGAAAUUUAACGUUCCUUGAAGAAAAAGAAUUAAAAGCCAGACCCGUUGAAGGAAACGCAAACUGGAAACACCAACAUGCCUAAAGCAAACGCUACAUCAAGUAGUCAAAAGGGAAAAAACUACGUUGAAGGUUCUAUUGUGAGAAUAAAACUAGAAAAUAUUCUGACAUAUGAUUCAGUUGAAUUUCAUCCUGGACCUAAUCUUAAUGUAAUUAUUGGACCGAAUGGUACAGGAAAAUCUACUAUUGUGUGUGCUAUUUGCUUAGGGUUAGCUGGAAAAACUGGACUUCUAGGCAGAGCUUCUCAGUUUUCUGAAUUUAUUAAAUAUGGCAACUCUGAAGGAAAAAUAGAACUAGAAUUAUUUAAUUCUAAAGGAGAUAAUUAUGUUAUCAAAAGGGAAAUCCAUAAAAAUAAUACAUCAACAUGGAAUGUUAAUGGACGACAAGCAACACAGAAAGCAGUUGAGGAGACAGUAUCUAGGUUAAGUAUACAAGUUGGUAAUCUCUGUCAGUUUUUACCUCAAGAGAAAGUUGCUGAUUUUGCUAAAAUGACUCAACAAGAAAUGUUAGAAAAUACAGAGAAAGCAGUAGGAGGAAUGGAGUUAUAUGAAAAUCACCAGAAAUUAAAGGAUGCCAGAAAGCAAGCUAGAACUCUAGAAUCUGAGUUUACGACGUUGAAAGAUCGACUUGAACAAGAUAAACAGAAAAAUGCUCGCCUGGAACAAGAUGUGAAAAACUUUGACGAAAGACAAACUCAUCUUAAGAGAAUAAACUUACUAAAACAAAAGAAACCGUGGCUGGAAUAUCAAGAAACAAGAAAAAGAUACAUAGCAGAAAAAGAUAAACUCACUGAGAAAGAAACGGAAGUGAAGAAAGCCAGGGCCACUUUUGCUCCUCUUGAGAAAAAACUUAAUUCAACCAAGGCACGGAAAGAAUCUUUCGAAGUUGAAAUGAAACAAAAGUCAACCACAAUUAAAGAAUAUGCAGAUAAAGUAAGAUCAUCCAGUGAAGAAUUAGAAAGUUGGACGGAUAAGAUUACAGAUAUACAGAAAGACUUAAAAUUUAAACAAGAACAAGAAGAGGCAAGAAAGAAGAAGUUAGUUGGAUUAAAGAAACAAUUACAGGUGUUGGAGAAAGAAUUAUCAGAGUUAGAUACUUCUGAAGAUGUUCAGCCUGCUAUAGAGAAAAUUAAUCUAGAAAUGAGAAAUGCUGGAACAGAGUUGAGUAAUAUAACACAAAGAGGAGAAAGUCUUAAAAUGGAGAUCAGUAACAAGAAAAGAGAAAUAGCAGAUAUGCAGACGGCAUUAAGAAGAAUACAAGAUAUAAGUAAUCACCGGUUAGAAUUAGUGCGUAGGAAACAUAAAGAUACAUAUGAUGCUGUCAUUUGGUUACGACAAAAUAUAGAUCAGUUUAAAGGAGCCAUAUGUGAACCAAUGAUGCUUUGUGUCAACGUUAAAAAUCCAGGAGAUGCUAAAUACAUAGAAACUCAUAUAUCAUUUAAUGACAUGCGAACAUUUGUUUGUGAAGAUCCUGAGGAUCUUGAAAAAUUUAUGUCAGUAGUUAGAGAUCGUCAGAAUUUACGUGUUAAUGCUGCAAAAAUGCCAGUUCAGAGUGUGUCAUCUUUCAAAGCUAGAUACGAAAUUGAUCAUUACAGACGUUAUGGCUUUCAUCAUUAUUUAAAGGAUAUGUUUGAUUGUCCGGAUCCUGUAAUGAGAUAUUUAUGUUGUUUAUAUAGAGUACAUUGUAUACCUGUAGGUAAUAAGUAUACUAAAGAUAAUGUAGCUGGUGUUAUUAAAGAUCAUAGUGAACUUAGUACGUUUUAUACGGUAGAUACACAGUAUACUAUAAAGAAAUCUAAGUAUGAUGGUUCUACUUCAACAAGAAAUACAACAGUCAGGGAUGGUUCAAUACUAAACAUUUCCAUGGACUUAGAGCGAGAAAAUCAGUUAAAAAGACAACUUCAGAAUUGUGAAAAAGCUGUAAAAGCAAGUGAAGAUAAGUAUCAUGAAUUACAGAAGAAAUCACGUGAAUGGGAUACAACCUUGAACCAGUUGAGGGAACAAAAGAAAAAACUACAAGAAAUGAAAGGAAUUGAGCGAAGAUUGCAAACUCAAAUACAACAAAAGAAAGAUAGUAUGCAGCGUGUAGAGAAUGAAGAAAUAGAUUUGUCUGCUGAAGCAAUUGAUGCUAAAAAGAAAAUCAAAGAUAUUACAUUAAAGAAAUGUCAGAUUCUCAAAGUUUUAAAAUCAAAUACAUCUAAAUGUAUGGAGUUAAGUAAAGGUAAAGCUAGAUUAAGUAUACAGUCUGUACAAGCUAUACAAGAAUAUCAAACAACAGAGGCUGAACUAAAAGAUCAAACACAUUUUAUUAAACAAGAAGAAAAAAUUUUAAAGGACCUGAAAGAUGAUGUUGUACGUAUAAAAAAUGAUGCAAGAAAUCAAUUAACAACAGCUAAAAAGGCUACCAAUACACCCCAGAAUGAAGAAUUAUCGCAAGAAAUGAAAAAUGCUUUUUCAACUCUUCCCUUGACAUUAGAAGAUAUAGAAGCUGCUAUACAUGAAGAACAGGCUAGAGCUGAUUGUAGUUUUCAAAUAGAUGAAAGAAUUGUUAUUGAGUAUAAUAACAGAAAAGAGGAAAUAGCUAAACUAGAGAAAGUACUAGAUGAAAGACUUAAUGCUAAAGAAAGUCAUCAAGAAGAAAUAACAAGAGCCAAAGAACAAUGGUUGGGUCCACUACAAGAACUUAUCAGUAAAAUAAACCAGAAUUUCAGUUAUUUCUUGGAAUGUAUGAAAUGUGCUGGUGAAGUGGAGCUAGCUGUACCUGAAAAUCCUGAAGAUUAUGAGAAAUAUGCUGUCAAAAUAAAAGUAAAAUAUCGAGAUGCUGAUGCUUUAAGAGAAUUAACACCACAUCAUCAGAGUGGAGGAGAGAGAAGUGUAGCAACAGUGUUAUAUAUGUUAGCUUUACAAGAACUAGCUAAAUGUCCAUUCCGAUGUGUUGAUGAAAUUAAUCAGGGAAUGGAUCCUGUGAAUGAAAGGAAAGUUUUUGAACUGGUUGUACAGACCGUUUGUAAAAAGGCCAAUUCACAGUAUUUUCUUCUUACACCAAAACUAUUACCUGAUUUAGAAUAUGCAAAUAAUAUGACAGUUUUGUGUGUUUAUAAUGGUCCCAAAAUGAUGAAACACACAGAUUGGAAACUUAAACACUUCCUUCGUAGACGUCAAAAUCUAACAGUUGAUACAUGAAAACUAUAAAUAAUGGACAUUACAACUGUGCCAGGUUGUGUUCUUAUAAAAACAUUGUUCUUAUCUGAGGAGCAAAAUUUUUUAGUUCACUCCAGACUCUUCAUGUACAUCUAUAAAAAUCGAAUAGUAUUGUGAAAGAACAGUCUGAUUAAAACACAGAUCCUAUUUCAUUUCGUUUUUUUUAUAGUUCAAAAUUUCGUUUAGCCAAUGAAACGGUUUGUUACAGCAAGCUUUAGGCGUGUGGUGCACGGAACUGUGGGUAAUCCACUAGAAACAUCAAUGCUGAUUGGUUAAUCAAAUGUCUGACGUCAUAGGGUCAAAAGCCGCUUGUAUGACUUCUGAGGCAACCUAUCGCUAUGUAGUGUAGGCCAUCGAAAGUAUAAAAAAAAAAAACGCAAUAUAGAUCUGUAUUUUAAUCAGAUUGGUGAAAGAAAUGAUUUGUUGCUUCAUUACAUUUUUAUGUUCACUUUAAGUCAUUUUUGAAGUUAUCAUUGCUUGUGUCUGUAAUGCAUAAUUGGGGAUUGAUAAUAAGGCUAUUUAAAGGGGUAUUAUUCAGACAUUUGAGAAUUUUAGGUAGGAGAUAUUUUAUGUUCUGAAUAUAAUCCUCUGUUGACAACUAUGUAUACUAUUUUAUAAAUUGAAUCAUGAGCUAACUUGGCUUCUGUUCGUGUGCACUAAUCUGUAUGGGCUGUGGAUUUUUAGAGAUUAUUAUUAUUAUUAUUAUUAUUAUUACAGCAUAUUUAUAGUGCACCCUUUCAUAUAACAUGUUCAGGAGCACUUUACAAAGUGACAAUGUAAAUCAUACAUAAACAACAAGAUUAUGGACAUGUUAACGAUUGUAUACAGAGUCAGUUAAAAGCCUGAUUAAAUAAAUGUGUUUUAAGUUG